CUCGGUAAGUAGGUGGGACCUGUAAUGCGGCUCUAGAAAGUGGAGUCAGCCUUGUGUUCUCGCGAUACGAGAUUUGCGCAACCAGACUGUAAGACCGACACGAUUCCAGUAAGAGUACAGAUAAAAAUUCAGAAAUGUCGGGUCGCUCGGUCCGCGCUGAGACCCGAAGUCGCGCUAAAGAUGACAUUAAGAAAGUGAUGGCCGCCAUCGAACGAGUACGAAGAUGGGAAAAGAAAUGGGUCACAGUUGGAGAUACAUCACUACGAAUUUUUAAAUGGGUUCCUGUAGUGGACACAAAAGAGAAGGAAAAGAAUAAAGUAUCAGUGGGUGGAGAGAUUCAGAGGAAAAAUUUCCCAUCAGAAGCGCAAUCUGAUAAUGCCUGCUCUGUACUGUUAGAUUUUCAAGAUGAAAACAGCAACCAGAGUUCUCUCUCGGACUCGUAUCAGCCUAAACUAGCAGCAGACAGCAGCAGUUACUCCAGUCCUCAACCCAGCGAACCUGUCAGCCCUGCACCCCAGACCCUAGAUUACCGGACAGAUGACCCACAACCGCCCACCCUUGGCCAAGAAAGCAUGGAGGAACCGCUGCUACAAACAAAUGAAGUCGCAGAUGAGCCACCAACACUGAUCAAAGAAGAUCUUCUACCCCUCGCUGCUCAGGAGGAAGAGGACAGCUUUGGAGCCCCUCCAUUGAAAAGAUUCUGUACCGAGCAGGUCUCGGUUAUUCAGACAACCCCUCUAAGCUAACACAUGCAGACGAACGCAAGCAUACUGUGCACUGGGCAUUGAUAAUCAGCCAGACUGAUCACUUGACCUUCCUAUAACUGCUGCAAAAUACACAAUAUGGACCAGACAUCAAAAUGGCACUAUAUUUAUUAUGACAUGGAAUUCUUGCAACGUUUUAGAUUUACAAACCUUUAACAGUUCUUUUAAUUAAUUCAAGAUUUCUAUCCUAAAACUGAAAAAAGUCGGACUGUUAACUGGACAUUCCUGUUUACAGGGAGAGGAAAUGAAUGUAGUAUCCAGACCCUUGGUGUUGAAAUUACGGCUACGGUUAUAAUGCUGCAGUUUUAUUUUAUAAGCAGUGGAACGUUAUGCAUAUUUAAAAUAUAAAGCCAUAUAUGAUUACAUCACUUCUGAAAUAAUGACUGAAAGCUUAGCUAUUAUUGGAGAAAAUAUAUAAGUAAAGAGUAGCUAAAAUGUAAUUUAAGAGAUGCAUAAAUAGUUGAUUAAGAUUUGUAGAUUUAGGGUCUCUUUUGUGUCUCCAAAGAGUACAUUUUCUUUUCUCUAUCUUUUACUUGACCAUACAUUUUUCGUGAAUCCUCUCUUUAUGAAGCACCAACAAGCUCCUAUGUAUUCUAUGUCAUCUAUUUUAUUUCAUUUAUUUAGGGCAGGAUAACACAUACACUGGCAGAAGUGUUUUUGGUAUGUUGUUAUGAUUAAAUUUUAUAGUAAUAUUUCUUACAGCUUUAACAUUUCGACCUC